AUGAUCAUGGUGUGGAAUACUCAGGACUUAGUAGACACUGCCAACGAAUCUCCUUGUGUUCCUAUGGCGAAAAUAGAUAAUGCUCAAGACAUGGGAGUAUUUUCCCUUGAUGUUAACAAACAUAUCACGUUCGACAUGAAAAAUAAAACCUCAACCGUAAGUGAAAUGGCAUUAGAGCUCUUCGAUGUAUAUGACGGUCACACUUCGUCAGUAACCUGUGUACGGUACAGCCAUAACGGAGAAUACCUGGUAUCGACAAGUGUGGAUAAACUAGUUAAAGUUUGGGAUAACGAAGGUAAUUGUGUGGCUUCUCUAGAUGGACAUAAUAGAUAUGUUAAUUGUGCCACUAUUUCCAAAGAUCUUUCAAUUAUAGCUUCUGGUAAGUAUAAUAUGCUAAAAAAUGUUUCUAUGAUGUUUAAAAUAAGUGAUAAAUUAGUUAGAAUGUUUAAAAUUUCAAAAGAAAAUAAUGCAGAAGAACAUUGUUUUUCGCCUUUAGAAGGUCAUACUUACGCAAUAAAUCAUGUAGAAUUUUCUUCAAAUGGAAAUACACUAGCUUCAUGUUCACAAGAUGGCUGUGCUAUAUUAUGGGAUGCAGCAACUGGCGAAAAAAUACGAUCGUUGCCAAAAAAUAUUUUAUCAUUAAAAGUUUGCCGGUUCUGCCCUGACAACACUCUAUUACUGACUGCUGGAGAUGAUGAAAAAGCAAUAUUAUGGAAUUCUGAGACAAUGGAAAAACUUGCGCAGUUCGAAGGUCAUUUAGACACAAUCUCUGGUGCCUGUGUUUCUCCAGAUGGUCUAAUUUCUGUUACCGUUUCGGUAAACGCAGACUACAGAAUUUGGUCUUUGGAAAGUUUUGCAUGUUUGUAUAUAAAAGAAGAUGCACAUGAUUAUGGAAUUCAAGAUUGUGAUAUGUCUCAUAACUUAGAACCAAUACCUAACUUAACUAUCAAUGCCCAAUCGUAUUUAUUAGUUACCUGUGGUAAUGAUAGUUUAGUGAAAUUGUGGAGAAUAUCGUUGCCAAAUAAAUGUGACACUUCUAUAGAUAAAAUUGAAGUUAAAUUGUGGCGGUCACUUCAGGGACACGGAGGAAAUGUGUUAUGUGUUCGAUUUUCCCAAAUCGUAAGCGAAUUCGUCUGUUCAACAGCCACUGACAGACAAGCAAGAAUUUGGUCGGUAUACAGUGCCAAUUGUCUUUACGUGCUAGAUCAUGAUUCAAUAGUUACAUCUUGCUAUUUUAACGUAGAUUGUUCUUUACUAGCGACCGGUUGUCUGGACAAGACAUUAUGGUUAUGGAAAUUACCACAACAUUUAAUGUUUCAAUCAGCUGUUGCCGAUAAAAUCCAAUCCAGAGCCAAACCAAUAAUCGACUGGACAACGGCUGAUAUCAUUAAAUGGUUAAAGAAUAUCGAAAUGCAUGGAUUAAUUCCUGUAGCUACAAAUUGUUGUUUGGAUGGUAAAAAACUGAUCACCUUAACUGUGGAUCAGAUUUGUGCUUUACUGGACUUAGAUGAAAGUGAGCAAGAAAAAUUCCAGAAAGAAAUUCGUUGGUUAAAAAACCGAGAAAUAAAAUUGGAAGCAGCUAACACUCUCGAUAUUCCAGAUGAGUUUUUGUGUCCGAUCACCCACGAAAUAAUGAGUGAGCCAGUCAUGUGUAGCGAUGGUUUUACAUACGAAAAAAACGCUAUAACCGAAUGGUUUAUGUCAGGAAAGUACACAAGUCCGAUGACUAAUGAAGUAUUAAGCAAUACAGAUGUGACCAGGAAUAUAAAAUUACGCAAUGAAAUAUAUGAAUUUCUUGACAUGAAUGAAGAAGAUGUCUAGUUUUUAAUUAUUUUACUUAAGUUUUCUCUAUUUUUAAGUUUUAAUAUUAAAAACACAUUUUUUUAUUGUUUAAAAAAAAACAGGCAGAGUAAGAAACUAAUCAUAUAUUGAAGAUGCACAAGGAAAAUUAAAUUCCUGUAGUUGGCUGUAUCAGAGAACUAUAAUAGUAUAAUAGGCUUUUACAGUUCUCUGGCUGUAUACUGUCUUCUCGGGGGAGAGGGGUAACUUGACCAUAAAGUCAUUUCCCACAUCCCACCCCGUACGCUCUGCUUUAUUGUAUUCGUAUAUUAGUGUACGGAAUAUUCUAGGCACACGUAUGUUUCUUCAGGUCGGGAUGCUGUAUCGAAGAAUGAUGAAAUAAAACGCCAAUUGUAGGAUACAAAAGCUAAGCCACAGUCUAAGGCAGGUAGGUGGAACAGAGCCCCGCUGAUCGGUUCCCUAGAGUUUAGGGCUUUAGUAGAGACCGAAGUUGACUCUCUUUGGCUUGAAAAUCAACUAAUAUGUAUACAUAAUAUACAAGAGUGCUCAUUGGUCACUCUGACCGAGAACUUGGCGACAAUACCAUGAUUCACAAUUUUUUUUAAAUUUCUUUAUAAAAGGUAUACAUAUUCUAAAAAGACCCUUUAGGGCUACAUCACAUAAUUGAAUAUAUGACCAAAUUAUCAUAAUUAAUUAUUUCAUUUAUUCUAAGCGGAAAGUUCAUCUUAGAUGCUCAUGGUAUCACAACGAUUGAGCUCUGGUGGGUUUUAUUUUGUGUUAUUGGGCCCUAGGCCCUGGUUAUUAGGACCUGAUACGCUGAAGUAUUUUUAAAAAUAUUUGACCCAUCUGGAUAUUGAGGACAGUACCGCUUUUUGCACGGUCCUUUAGACAUGUGUUUUUGGAAGUUUUUCGAAAAGCUCUAGUACUGUGAGGAAUAAUAGGUAUCCCCUGGGUGUUUUUUCAUCUUAUUUGUGUCUUAAGAUCUCUUUAUGUGGCGGCUUCUGGUUAUAUUAAACACUCAGAUGAUUGUUGUUAGGUAUCGUCAAAUACAUUAUCAUUUUUUGUCUAGUUAACUUAUUAACUAGUAAGAGAUCCGGUCUAUUGGUCUAUUGUGUGCCACUGGUUGGUGUUUCAGCACAAUGCAGUCCCAGUAUUACCUGUAGUUGUCAUCUUUAAGUAUUCUGUCAGGGAUGGAUUUAUAAUAAGAGAGAUGGUUGAUUUAGAAAAGUCGUCCUAGUUUGUAUACUAAUUAUUUGUCAAAAAUCUUUCGUACUGCGUCAUUUUAUUCUUUAUAGUCAGAUAAACGUCCAAUAGUAAGAUAGUUUUUUAAAAGAACAGCAUCAUAAGGCCUAAAAUCCCCGAUACUGUGAUGAACAUAGAUUUUAUUUGAAAAUAAAUAAAAUACCUAGGGUAGGUGGGCUUACAUGGAGUACUCACAUACUGACUACCACACAGAAAUCUACUAUAUCCUUCAACCCCAAAAUGACCCUAUGAUUAUACACACGGAUUAUUAGACCAAUGAUUAUCUACGAAUUUGUGACGUACUGGACAAAUGCGCAGAAAGUGGGAGCAAUAAAGUAUGUAAUACUUAAAGGCUAGCAUGUCUGUGUAUUACGGGGACCAUAAAAAACUUAUACAGCGGCGUUAGAAGCCCAGCUGAAUCUAUUAGCACUUCAUAAAAUAUUUUUAAACAUGGCUAAACUGGAUUAGUAAUCUACAGAUUAACACAUAGGAGUAACACAUAAGCCAGGCGAAUAGUGCUGACGAUUAAAACUUAUCGAGGAGUUGCAGAUAUGGUAAUGGGGCAAUAGCUAUAAGAUAUAGCUUUGACAAUAAAGUCAAAAUUAAUAUACCAGGCAGAGAAAACUGAAAUAACAGUGCACCCAUAUAAGCGGAAACACUCUGGUAUACUGAUGGCUCAAUAACAUCGGAGGGUGUAGGGGCCGACCUAGUAGGGACAAAGCUAGCGAUACAUUUCCCGGUAAGUUUAUUUAAGGAUCUCACAAUUUCCAGACAAAAAUAACGGCAAUCCAUCACUACGUGGUGGAUACCAAUUCUAGGGUAGUAUGGGAUUGUGUUACUGUCCUAAAUAAACUGGGAAAUCGUUGCAAGGAUCGUAGCAUGAAAAAAUAGGUGAAAUGGUCAAACAAGGCUCAUCAAUGCCAUUCGUUAAACCGGAACCAUUGUGCGAUAUUGCAAAGGCAGUAACAAUAACUUCUAUAAGAAAAUGGGUAGCUUACAAAUCUCUAAAAUUGUAGACUAAUUUAUUUGGACAAAGACAGGCAAAACUGACCGCAGAACUAAUAAGCAAAGAUAGAAAAACAGUCAAAGCCAUAACUAGGUAGUUAAAACUGGUGGUAUUGGUAAAUGAGGACCUAUGUAGAUUUUGUCACCUAGCAGAAAAAACAGGAGAGCACAUUUUAUGUCAAUGUAAAAGCCUAGCAAAUGUUUCUUUGCAUUAAGCGAAGAAAAGCCACCGGCAAAGAGCUACAUGGAAGGUUCUGUAUGCACGUUGUUAGACUUAUUUAAAAGGGUCAGGCUGGAAAAUAUAAUCUAGAGCUAGAGAACCAUAGUAGAUUUAAAAAGCUCAAAUAGGUAUAGGCUAGAGAAAUAGGUCAAAAGCCACCUCAUUGAAUCUAUCUAUUUAAGAUAGCUUUCUUAGACUUAAUAUCGAUAUCACCAUCUGUCGUUUUAGACCUAUAGGUCUGACAUUAUAUUUUAGGAUAUUUUUAUAUAUUUUAUAUACUACAGUAUUGGUACCUUUAAUUCUAAAAUCUGUGUCAGUAGAGGCCAGUCAGUAAGUAAGAUAGAAUUUUCAUCGCUAGACAGAAACAAAGUGGAUUCAACGAAUCUUUAUGGAUAAAACUUUGGUUCAUAAUUAAUAUCCAGAUUUAGCCAUAUAGCUUACACUCCCACUAAGGAGAAAGUUUACUCUUGAUUGAGCUCUCGUAAGAAUCUUUCCGUGCGAUCAGAUCCUAGGUAAUAUGGUAUGUUGGGGUAUUUGCCUUAAGUUAUGUACGCAUCUAGAUGUCGAAAGUAAAAUAGCUUCAUAAGGAGGUUCACUAAGAUCCAAUUGUUAAUGUCUUAGAAGGAAGUUCACUAAGAUCCACCUGUUAAUGUUUUCUAUAAGGUUCUUCGAAAAGACCCCAAUGUUGGAGAAAAUAAUAGUUAUCGUCUGGAUUUUUUUCAUUCUCUAUUUUCUUCUUAUUUUAUCUCAAGCUCUAUGUACUUGGCGAUCUUUAAGUUGUCUUUAACACGCAGAUUCUUGUUGUUUCGUAUCGUUAUAUCAAUUAGUCUUAUUUGUCUAUUUUAUUAACUAGAAUAAGACCCCGUCUAUUAUGUACUACUGGUUGAUUUAUGAGCAUAGUAAAUCCCAGUAUAGCUUGUAGUUGUCGUUUUCAAGCAAUCUGUAAUGGGCAUAUUGGCUCUAAGGUAGAUGAUUGGUUUGGAGAGUUCUUAGUUUGUUCACUAGUUUUUGAAGAAUAAUAUUUCAUGCUAAGUAAGACGUUUUUUAUAAUCAGUUCUGAUAAAUUCUUGGUAGCUCCCGGUAAAAUGUUGCGUAUUUCUUUGGCUUGAGAUCCAUAUCAGCAAUUAUUGUCAUUUUUGAGUUGAGAGUCUUUGACAAUAUAUUUGGAGCAAUUUUUGGUUUUAAUAAACUGAUCCUGAAUGGCAACUAGGAACAACCUCUCUGUUUUAGGAAACAUAUUUCCUGCUGUCAGACAAUAGUUCUACGCUGUAUUCUCAACUUAUAUUAAUUCUGUUAUAGACUGUAUACAGAUUUGAGAGACUGAAAGCACUCUACAAUAAUAACCAAGUAGCUAUUAAAAUCAGGAACAAAGUAUAGAGCUAAUCUAAGAUGACAAAAUGACUAUCCCAAUAUUGUCCGACAUCCGCUGUUUGUUUAAAAUAUUACCAGAAAAAACUCUAAAAUCAUAAAAAAAAAUUGUGAAACAAUGGGCAUCCCUGUAUACCUAACUACGGAAUCAAUACUUAUUUACUUUAGGUUUCACUGACGAAAUUAUCGACUAAUAUAUAAAGGACCUUCGUUUUUAGAUUAGAAAAUUACAUGUGAUAGAUAUUAACAAUAAAAAUAACCAAUAUAAAACAACUGAAAAUAUAUGGUUAGAAAAGUAGGCUUCUUCUUCUACUUUUUGUAGAUCUUUCUAGGCAAAUCAGAGAAAUAUAAACAAUAUUGAUUAAAGGAUUUGUUGAUUAAUCGACUUACCAUGGUAAUUUUAUUCCCAAUUUUGGGAAUAAAUUGGGAGUAUUUUGGACACAUUUACACACACCUCAAAACCAUUAAACAAAAAUAUUGAUUAACUGAGGGUUAUAUAAAGCCGACGAGGGACAAGGAGGGAAUGGAUGGCAAAAGAAAUUAUAAAAAGAUGAUGGUGCCACCACAUCCCUUUAAGGGAUUAGGGCUGGGGAGAAUAAGGUUUUGACCUAAACUAAUCGAAUCUAAAAAUCUAAAUUUGGAGAUCAAACUACGUACCAUUCGCUGUUAUAUAUUUUCAAUACUAUUAUAUGAAGCUGAGACUUGGACAUUAAAAAAAUGCAAUUUAAAAAGAAUCGAGGUUUUUGAACCCUGGUUAUACCGCAGAGUAAUAAAAAUAUCAUGUACUGAUAGAAUCACAAAUAAAGAAGUACUGGGGAGGGUUGGUAAAGAAACAGAACUAAUCAUCAUUAUAGAAACCAGAAAACUGGAAUACCUAGGCCACGUGAUGAGAGGUCCAAAAUAUGAAAUUUUGAGACAAUACAGGGAAAGAUUCAAGGAAGAAGAUCAGUUGGCCAAAGUCAGAACUCAUGGUUAAAGAAUCUACGUGAUUGGUAUACAUACAGAUCGAUUGAUUUGUUUAGAGCAGCAAGUUCUAAAAUAAAAAUAGCUGUUAUGAUUGCCAACUUCCGUAGGGAGACGGCACUCUAAGAAGAAAAAUAUAAUAUUUUAUCUAACGAAUUAACCUUUCAUCAUCAUCAUUCUAGCUUUACAACAACAGUUUGCCAUCAUUUUACAACAUCAGUUUAUAGCAUCAGGUUGCCCUGCAAAUUCUGCGGUUUAUCUCUACGGUAGUAUUAUUUUCAGUGUUAAAAGGCGGUACAGGGUAUACAAAUUCGUUUACUGCUUCGAUGACGUCGUUUUCUAUAACAAGUGGUCAUGGGAUUUGCGGUUGCGUGCUUAUUUUCAUAUAUUUCGUUUUGUUGAUGUUUAAUAUUAAACCCAUCCAACCUAUUCUGCCUAUUUUUUAAUGAAACGAAAAUAUAAAAUUUAUUUAUUGAGAUUAAUCAAUAAUAUAAAAACAUUUCACAUAUCUAGUCGUAAGCAUUUACAUAAGUUAAAUGAGACAAUAAAAAAAUAUAUUUUGACCAAAGUAUUUAAAAAGACUUUGUGUGGUACGUGCACAUAAAUAAUUACCUUUCUUGUGUGAUAUGAUGAAAUGGGAUCUAUUUCUUAUGAAGUUUUUUCUUACUGAAAAUAACUUAACGAUAUUUUUAAAUAAAAUAUAGGGAAC